GCUAACACUCUUCCUUUGUUGUGAUUGACCGUUUAGCGGUUUCUUAUUCUGCUAUAAUAACUUUUUUUUUUUUAAAUCAAGAAGGUCGCCGUUGAGAUAUUUUAGACGAUGAGUGGCGGAGUGUAUGGAGGCGAUGAGGUGGGAGCUUUGGUGUUCGACAUCGGCUCAUACUCUGUACGAGCUGGCUACGCAGGAGAAGACUGUCCCAAGGCGGACUUCCCCACAGUGAUAGGUGUGACCCUUGACCGAGAGGAUGGCAGCACACCGAUGGAGACAGAUGGCGACAAGGGCAAACAGAGUGGCACCACCUACUAUAUUGAUACCAACCAGCUGAGGGUACCCAGGGAGAACAUGGAGGUCAUGUCUCCGCUCAAGAAUGGCAUGAUUGAAGACUGGGACAGUUUCCAGGCCAUUUUGGAUCACACCUACAAGAUGCACUUCAAGUCUGAACCCAGCUUGCAUCCAGUGCUCAUGUCAGAAGCAUCGUGGAACACGCGAGCGAAACGAGAGAAACUAACAGAGCUGAUGUUUGAACAUUACAACAUUCCCGCCUUCUUCCUCUGCAAGUCUGCCGUGCUGUCUGCCUUUGCCAACGGGCGGUCUACAGGCCUGGUCCUGGACAGCGGAGCCACACACACCACAGCAAUUCCAGUGCACGACGGCUAUGUCCUGCAACAAGGAAUCGUCAAAUCGCCUCUGGCCGGAGACUUCAUGAGCAUGCAGUGUCGGGAGCUUUUUCAAGAACUGAGUUGUGAAAUAAUCCCCCCAUACAUGAUUGCAUCAAAGGUAAGAGAUGGAGUGCGGGAGGGAUCUCCAGCCAGCUGGAAGAAAAAGGAGAAACUACCUCAAGUCACCCGCUCAUGGCACAACUACAUGUGCAAUUGCGUGAUCCAGGAUUUCCAGGCAUCUGUACUGCAGGUGUCAGACUCGCCAUAUGAUGAACAGGUUGCUGCACAGAUGCCCACCGUGCACUAUGAGCUGCCCAACGGCUACAACUGUGACUUUGGGGCUGAGAGGCUGAAAAUCCCAGAGGGGCUGUUCGACCCCUCGAAUGCCAAGGGCCUGUCUGGAAACACCAUGUUGGGAGUCGGCCACGUGGUGACGACCAGCGUGGGAAUGUGCGACAUUGACAUCCGACCGGGCCUGUAUGGCAGUGUGGUCGUGACUGGAGGAAACACGCUCAUUCAGGGCUUCACAGACCGACUUAACAGAGAACUCUCCCAGAAAACCCCUCCAAGCAUGAGGCUGAAGCUGAUAGCCAACAACACUACGGUGGAGCGCCGGUUCAGUGCCUGGAUAGGAGGCUCCAUCCUGGCAUCACUUGGAACCUUCCAGCAGAUGUGGAUCUCCAAACAGGAGUACGAAGAGGGAGGAAAGCAGUGUGUGGACAGGAAGUGCCCUUGAUUUGUGACACCAAACCACCAUCACAUCACAACCCUCGUCACUGUCUUUGCCACAAACUCAACAUCAUGAGUCGUUCACCUCUGACCCUGGACUCAGGAACACUCAUAAACGAUCGCUCUUGUUUUGUAUGAUUUUGUUUAGUUUUUUUUAAAAAGAAAUUGAGUUUGUCUGUCAAGGGUGUAUUAUGAAAACCAGACAAACAUCUGCAAAGUUAACUGCAUCACUUCAGUUCCUUUUGUCUAUAUAGUAGUCAGUCCGUUGUCCUAUCUUUGGCGUUUUGUUGAAACCUUCAAAAAGUAUUUUUCUGGAAUUGACAAAAUCCUGAUCUUGGUACUGAUUGUCCACGCAUUUUCCUCCACUCUAGACAUCGUCUAACAUGGUCUAAAGUCCAGUUUAUGAUCAUACAGGUGAAAAACAGAAUCUAGGAAACACGAGAUUUGUUGUCAAAGGUUUUUGUAGAAUACUGACAAUGUAAAAUUUGGUUGAUGCGUCUUUGGAAGAACAACCUUACAGUUUGGGGUGAAGGCGCCUUUGGUUCAUAAGCCUCUCUUUUGUGUAGUGAGUAAGCUCAUCGUAGGCAAAGGCCUGUCAGUUCUCGCCUGUGCUUACCGGUGUGAGUGUCAACUGAAAUCUGUAUUUAAGUUUCACUUUGCUUGUCAUUGGUUACACAUGGUCUUUUAAAAAUAAAGUCCUUUUUUGUUAAAUGA